AUGCUUGAGCCUUAUCUUUCAGAGCUAUGCUCAAGAGGGAUAGUUUUGGCUUCUGGAAGUAGGGUAAGGCAGAAUCUUUUAACUCUAUCUGCGAGUGAAUAAAACCAUUGGAAAAAUCCUUGCAAACUCAUUUUUAUAGAAAUAUUUUAAUAUAUAAAUGAUGAUUAUUAUAAUGAAAUCUCUCUAGCUAAUUCUGUUAAAUUUAAAUCAACUUGCAUAUUAAAACAUAUAUUUAACAAAUUUAACUUAAUUUUUAAUUCCAAUUUUUAAAAAAUAAAAUUAACAACCCCUCCGUGAGAGAACAUAAUUUAUUUUUCGCUAACGGAAGAGGAGGAGUAAGGCAAAUUGAACUACCGUUUACAUUGCAAGUGAGCGGAUUUGCAGAAGAUGCAGACUGAAGGACUUUUGAGAAUCCUAAAGAAUACGCACUUUUUAAUGCAAGAAAUAAGGCUAAAUGCAUUGAAACUGACAGCAUUGUGAUUUCAGCAGACACAGUGGCUGAGGUUAAUGGGGUUGUGCUAGAAAAACCAGUUGACGCAGAUGAUGCGAGAAGAAUGAUAGGCCUUUGAAAUGGAGGGAUAUGUCUAAUGCACACAGCAGUUGUUGUUAAAGGAAAAAGUACGAAUGAGAGUGUAUGCACAACAGAAAUUGAGUUUGAUGUACUUUCAGAUGAAGUAGUUGACUACUAUAUUAGAAGCAAUGAGUGGGAAGGAGCUUCAGGAGCUAUUGUUGUGGAAAAGAAAUGCUGCUCAACGUUUAUUAAAAAGUUCAAUGGCUGCUUUAAUAAUGUUAUGGGGCUACCUCUAAAUGCUCUUUGCAAUAUGCUUAUACAAGAAAUUAAAAAUUCAAGAACUGAAAAUAGCAUAUCUUAA